CGUCAUCUGAACAGCGCCCUCUGGUCCUGUUCAACUCCUCUCUGUACGGUGGGAUAUGUCGAAUAUACGCUGGCGUAAAUCAACAGCUUAUUAGGUUAAUAAAUAGCUCAUUGCCGAGACAAUCGGUGCAUCAAGAUGGUACUUAUUGCGAGUGCAGUAUGCACCAAGGCUGGAAAAACAAUUAUCUCUCGUCAAUUUGUCGAGAUGACGAAGGCGAGGAUAGAGGGUCUCUUGGCAGCAUUUCCCAAAUUAAUGAGCACCGGGAAACAGCAUACAUUUGUCGAGACUGAAUCUGUUAGGUAUGUGUACCAGCCAAUGGAGAAAUUGUACAUGCUACUGAUUACCACCAAGGCCAGUAAUAUCCUCGAGGAUUUGGAAACUCUCAGAUUAUUCGCCAGAGUCAUUCCAGAAUACUGCAAGUCUAUGGACGAGUCCGAGAUCUCAGACCACGCAUUUGAAUUAAUAUUCGCGUUUGACGAGAUAGUGGCCCUCGGCUACAGGGAAAAUGUUAAUCUCGCCCAGAUUCGAACAUUCGUGGAGAUGGACUCUCAUGAGGAGCGUGUGUUCAACGCCGUUCGUUAUACCCAAGAGCGUGAGGCAAAGAAUAAGAUGAGGGAGAAGGCAAAGGAGCUGCAGAGGCAGAAGUUAGAGGCAAAUAAGAAGGGAGGAAUGAAGUCUUCGGGCUUCGCCGGGGGUUAUGGCAACAACAGUGGAGGCUUCAACUCCAGUCCAACAGUGGGUGACUCGGCGAAUUUCGUGCCUGAACCUGUGAAGGCCAACUACACUCCAUCAGCUAAACCAACAUCUGCUGGGCCUGGGGCUAUGAAACUAGGUGGCAAAAUUCGAGAUAUAGAUUCAUUCGUGGACCAGUUGAAAGAGGAAGGUGAGAAUGUCGUGACGAAUGUCAAGGUUCUGGAUGCGAAGGUAGCACCAACGUCGCAACAGAUCAUCCACACAGAGCCUGUGCAUUUAAGACAAGAGGAAAAGCUGAAUGUAAGAGUGGGAAGGGACGGUGGAGUGCAGCAGUUUGAGCUACAUGGACUCGUCACACUGAAUAUUUCUGACGAACAGUGGGGAAGGAUACGUGUUCAAUUGGAGAACGAAGACACCAGGGGAGUCCAGCUUCAGACACAUCCCAAUGUUGACAAGGAUUUGUUCAGGAUGAAGGGACAGAUUGGACUGAAAGUACCGACUAAACCAUUCCCUCUUAACACCGAUGUUGGAGUGCUCAAGUGGAGGCUUCAAUCACAGGAUGAGUCGGCUCUACCUAUUUCUAUAAACUGCUGGCCCUCAGAAAAUGGUGAAAACGGAUGUGACGUUAAUAUCGAAUACGAGUUAGAUCAUGCGGAGCUGGAGUUAAAUGAUGUUAAGAUCAACAUUCCACUGCCCAUGGGUUGUACUCCAGUCGUGAGCGAGUGCGAUGGAGAGUACAGUCACGAGGCCAGAAGAAAUCAGCUGGUUUGGUCGCUACCACUCGUUGAUGCAUCCUCUAAAUCUGGCUCCAUGGAGUUCUCAGCGCCGUCCUCGACACCCUCAGACUUUUUCCCACUUCACGUGGCAUUCACGUCAAAAACUUCAUACGCCAAAAUUAAAGUGGUGGAUGUCCAAUUAGUUGACGAUGGAAGCCCCGUUAAACAUUCUGUCGACACUGUAUUCCUUACGGACAACUACGAAGUGGCAUAAUCAUUCUAUUUUGUAUCUAUAAACCAUGUUAACGUAGGUGACGAUGAUGGGGCGCAGGAAAUGAUGAAUUUUACGGAAAAAAAAAUAUUUCUUUAUCAGAACGUCAGUAUAUUAUUGUUUUAAAGUAAAAUGAUCCUGGAUACAAUGGUCUGGGAAUUUGUACGGUUUCGUAAUGCCACGUUUGGCAAAAAUCCAUGGAAACUAUUGUGAAUAAUUAACUGGUAUUUAGAAUGUAAGAAAUAAUAGAAUAAAAUGAUAAUCAUGUUACUGCGGCUACGAGUCAUGGGAUUCAGUGCACACGUGACUGUUAUUACUGCGAAAAUAGUAUUAAGAUCUGUUUUUUUUUUCACAUCUCCCCUCUGUUCCUUCGAGGACCAUCAUUUUUUAAACUUUAGGAUUAUGUUUCGAUGUAUACAAAAUAUAUGUAGAUAUAAAGCUUAUUUGUUUAAUUAUUAAAAACAGAAUUAAAUCAACAAAUAUGUA